AUGGAAGCCACCACCCUAACUGGCACCUACGCCUGCAAGCACAUAACCUACACGGCGAGCGUCCUGCCCACGAAACUAACCAACUGCCAUUGCAUAACCUGCCGCAAACAAUCCGGCGGACCCUACCAAACCUGGGCGUUUUUUCUUGCGACGAGCAUCACUUGGACCCACGAGGCACCGACACAGCGGCGAUCUAGCGAUUUCGCUACGCGCGGGUUCUGUCCCCAAUGUGGAUCGAGCGUCAGUAUGGUGUAUGACUCGGAGCCGGGGGGACUGUGCAUUGCCGCGGGCACCAUCGAUGAUUUCGACAGGGUGGUUCCGAAGCCCUGUGCGCAUUUCUUUGUGAAGGAGAAGGCGGCGUGGUUUCAGUUACCGAAUGAUGGGUUUGUGAGGUUUAGUGAUGGAGCUAAUCGGGGAAGCCGUUGA